UCAUGUAAUUUAUGAACGAUACCUUUUACAAAUAAUGCUUUUAAACUUUGUAAGGGCUUUUUGAUUUAAAACUGAUAUCAAAGGAUGAGAAGCUAUAUUUGAAAGGUUAAAUUCUCAAACUUGAAAUCAAUGCUGAUGAUAGUACUUCACUUGAAGAUCUAUCGAAAUUCCUACUUUCUUGUUUGAAAUAAAAACAUCACCACUUUAUCAAAGCACCAACUAAAUCCUAGUUGGAUAUGAUAGAUGAAGAGACAGAUGAAGAGUAACUUUGAA